CGGGCGGGACUCGGGGAGGCGAGCGAGGCCCGGGCGUCGGGGUCGGGCGAGCGCGGGCAUGAGCGGGCUGCUGGGCCGUGCGGCGGCGGCCGUGCUCCGCGGGCCGGGCGCGGGGCUGCGGGGCGCGGGGUCGGCGGCGGGCGGCGGCGCGGCGGCGCGGCUGGAGGCGCUGGUGAAGAAGGACAAGGUGGUGGUCUUCCUCAAGGGGACGCCCGAGCAGCCGCGCUGCGGCUUCAGCAACGCCGUGGUGCAGAUCCUGCGGCUGCACGGCGUCCGCGACUUCGCGGCCUACAACGUGCUGGACGACCCGCAGCUGCGCCAAGGCGUCAAGGACUACUCCAACUGGCCCACCAUCCCGCAGGUGUUCCUGGACGGCGAGUUCGUGGGCGGCUGCGACAUCCUGCUGCAGAUGCACCAGAACGGGGACCUGGUGGAGGAGCUGCGCAAGCUGGGCAUCCGGUCGGCCCUGCUGGACCACGAGGGGGACCAGGACUCCCGGUGACCCACGGCCUCGGCUGCCUCCCUCCUGACCGCCCAGCUCUGCUCCUGUUCACUCGGGAUCGUCGGUGGCUGCUGGUGGACCGGCCGGGCGGGCGGGGCCUCGAGAAAUAAAAGGCAGCGCCAGUCAGGCUGCUGUGUCGGGUCAGCUGGA